GUCCAAAAAGUUUUGAUGCUAGAAAUUUUGUCAGUACACCAGGCAAAACAAAUGAAAAACUAUAUGUAAGCCCCAUUCAAAGUUCAUUAUGCACAUUUCCUGUUGUUCCAUCAUCGAAUGACUAGUAAUUACUCCGAAUCCUUUAAUCUCCAUUAAAAUCAGGAAAAAUCUCUAUCGAUAUCAAAUAUCACGGCAUCUCUCUAAUAAUAAUAUGCGUAAUUAGGCAUGCAGCAGUCGCACUAUUACCAACACACAUCUCUCACAAGCUAAAACACCAUUAGUGUGGAUUGGAAGAUGUGUUGCAGAUGUCCACCAAGCGUAGGCGUAUACUCCUAUAUUUACAUUUUACUGACCGUUGUUGUAACGUUCUAUUUCCAACAUGCCAAAUCGAUUUACCUCACAAAACUCGAAUACAUCGAUGUAGAUUCAAUGAUGGAUUGUGAUGGAUUCGUUAAUCGAAAUUUCACAUUGGAAUUGAGAAUAGAAAAUGAAAAUAGAUCAAUGGGAAAUUCAAGAGAAAAUGUUUCAUUUGAUUCCGACGAGAAUGUGGAAAUUACAAUGAAAGGAAACACAGCGACCGGAGCCGACGCCGCCAUGAAAACGUACAUAAACAACAAAAGCUUCUGCAAAAUAAUGGACAAUUACAUAUACUAUCACAUCGGCGAAUCCGGACAAAGGCCGGUGUCGUUCUGCCCGUUUCAGUCCGGAUUUCGCGAAAUUUACGACGACAAUCCCGAAUUCAAUGAUGUGGCCAUGCCGUAUGAAAUGUUUGCCCACAAAACGUUCCGGCUAGAAUUGAUUCGUCAUGGAGAGAAAAUUGCCUGUAAACAAUUUCAAUUCAUCAACGGAGUCGGCGACAAUGGUCUCUGGGAGGAAAAUGACAGUUAAGGGUUGAAUAUCACUUCUGCAAUGGUCCGCUGGUUCCGUUAUGGUUGCUUCGUUUCAUUGGAAUGAUGGCUCUGUUAACUCACACACGCUAUUCAUCAGAACGCAAAUACAGAGUUUUGAACCAUA